AAUUGAUUAAGUUGGGAGGAGAAAGAGGAGAAGGCUGGGCGAAGCGCAACUCAGCCCGGGGGCCCUCCUUUGAAACAGACUAAUUGGGGAGGGAAGACACAAAGGGAAGCGAAAGGCGCUUGGAGAGACGCGCGGCGAGGAAGAGUUCCCGCUGGGUGAGUGGAGUUUUGCCUCCGUCAGCUCUCCGAGGCUGAUCCCAAAAAGUUUUGCCAGGACUAGGGUCCCCGAAGCAAGUGACAGAUCCCAGCUCGUCCUGGGGAGGAGACAAAAGCGCUCGGGUAUCCGUAAGAGCUGACGGGGAGCAAACCACCAUGCGCCUUGCCGACGCGUCCUUGGCCCGUUGCCUGCUGCUGCCGUUGCUCUUGGGAUCCUGCUGGGCCCAGUUCCACGGAGAGAAGGGCAUUUCUAUCCCCGACCAUGGCUUCUGCCAGCCUAUUUCCAUUCCGUUGUGCACUGACAUUGCAUACAACCAGACGAUCAUGCCCAAUUUGCUGGGACAUACCAGCCAAGAGGAUGCUGGCUUGGAGGUCCAUCAGUUCUACCCUUUGGUGAAGGUCCAGUGCUCCCCGGAGCUCAAAUUCUUCCUUUGCUCUAUGUAUGCCCCUGUGUGCACUGUCUUGGAGCAAGCCAUUCCACCUUGCCGAUCCAUUUGUGAGAGGGCACGUCAAGGCUGUGAAGCUCUCAUGAAUAAAUUUGGCUUCCAGUGGCCAGAACGACUGCGCUGUGAGAACUUUCCCCGCCAUGGAGCAGAGCAGAUCUGUGUAGGGCAGAACCAUUCAGAGGAAGGUGGCUCUCCAGCAUUGAUUACAAGUGCCACUCCAAUUGCUGGACAGGGUACUGCUGGGCCACCACGUUAUGCCACUCUGGACCACCCUUUCCACUGCCCACGAGUUCUUAAAGUGCCGAGCUACCUCAACUACAAGUUUCUUGGAGAGAAAGACUGCGCAGCACCAUGUGAACCCACCAAGAAUGAUGGGCACAUGUUCUUCAAUCAAGAGGAGAUUCAUUUUGCACGCAUCUGGAUUCUCAUCUGGUCUGUUUUGUGUUGUGCCUCUACUUUCUUUACUGUCACUACCUAUCUGGUGGACAUGCAGCGCUUUCGCUACCCAGAAAGACCCAUCAUCUUCCUCUCUGGCUGUUACACCAUGGUCUCUGUAGCCUAUAUUGCAGGAUUUGUAUUGGAGGAACGGGUGGUGUGCAAUGAACGUUUCCAAGAUGAUGGCUAUCGGACAGUGGUGCAGGGUACCAAAAAGGAAGGCUGCACCAUACUUUUCAUGAUGCUGUACUUCUUCAGCAUGGCCAGCUCCAUCUGGUGGGUCAUCUUGUCCCUCACUUGGUUUCUUGCAGCUGGCAUGAAGUGGGGACAUGAAGCCAUUGAAGCCAACUCACAAUAUUUUCACUUGGCAGCCUGGGCUGUGCCUGCUGUCAAAACGAUUACCAUCCUGGCCAUGGGGCAAAUUGAUGGUGAUCUCCUCAGUGGUGUCUGUUUUGUGGGGCUUAACAACAUAGACCCACUUCGGGGCUUUGUUUUAGCUCCCCUCUUUGUCUAUCUCUUUAUAGGCACCUCAUUUCUUUUAGCAGGCUUUGUGUCACUUUUCCGUAUCCGUACCAUCAUGAAACAUGGGGGCACCAAAACAGAGAAGCUGGAGCGUCUCAUGGUGCGCAUUGGGGUCUUCAGUGUCCUCUAUACAGUGCCAGCCACCAUUGUUAUUGCUUGCUACUUCUAUGAACAGGCCUUCCGUGAGCACUGGGAGCGGAGCUGGAUUAGCCAAAACUGUAAAAGUUUGGCCAUUCCCUGUCCACUUCAAUACACCCCACGCAUGACCCCUGACUUCACUGUCUACAUGAUCAAGUAUCUCAUGACGCUGAUUGUGGGCAUCACUUCAGGUUUCUGGAUCUGGUCUGGGAAAACCCUUCAUUCCUGGAGGAAGUUUUAUACCAGGCUAACUAACAGCAAACAUGGGGAGACUACUGUUUGAGAAGAGAUAAUGGAGAAAGCAGAUUGCCAGCUCCAGAAUUUCAAGAAAAUACCAGAUCUGCCUGCAUCUCCUUCCUUGAGCUGAUUCUGUUUGUAUGUAUGGGGAGAUGUUCUUUGGAAAACCUCCCUGCAAUUUGGGGAGUGGGGCUUUUUUACUACAUAAAGCUGAAAACUCCUCUGACAAUCGGAGAGGAAAAAAAGAAAAACAAAGGAGAAAAACUCCAAGUAUUUAAAACUCUCUCAUUUUAAUUAAAACAAGUUCUAAACUUCUUUGCUUUAGGUUUUUAAUUAACUAUUAAAGGGUGUCUUUUUGUAAUUAAAAUUGUAAAUAGCAUUUGUAAAUUUAAUUAUAUAUUUCUAUUUAAAAACAAGUAAGAGAACAGCAGCAAGGACUUUAUUUUUCAGAAAAAGUAUGGAGAGGUCAAAGAAAGAAAAACUAUUUUUUCAUCUUCUUUUCUUUGAACUCUAUUUUUCCCCCUUUUUCCUUUGCUUUCCUCUCUCUCUGGAGCCAGGAGUAUGUGCUGUUUGGGUUGGCCCUUAAUAGGCUAUUUUUUCCUAAGCUUUUCAUGAGAGCCAGGUUUUGUAUCACUCCUAGCACCCAACCCACCUUAAACAUCUUCCAUCAACUCCCUUUUGCAUGCUACAGUUUUUGAUAUAUUUCCAGGAGUACUUCUUCCAUCUCAUUUUUUCUUUUCCAGAUUGAAAGUUUGGCAAGCGAUGUUCUUUCUGAAAAUAUAUUUGGGGGUGGGUUUGGGGAAGAUGGCUGAGCCUUCUCGCCUUUGCUGAAAUUUGGGCCUUAGCUGUGCAGAUUUUCUUAUGUUUAUUUCUUUUAGAGAAUUAUGACCUCCAAGAAAGUUUUUCUUGCCUUAAGCCACAGAAUUCUUUUUCUGUUACAUUUGUAUGUUUCUAUUUUUUCCUAGAUGUUUUGUACAAAAGGUAGCUUUUUAAAAAUGACAUUUCCUUUAUUAAACAAACUUGUUCUUUGCAAAUUCAGUUUGAGUAUUUUUCAAAAGCAGCAGCGGCCGUCUCCAAAACAAUUUAUUGGUGAGCUAUCCACUUAGCUUCUAGAAAGUAACUAAAACCUGCAAUUGAUAUUUCACAGCACAAUAUCCAUUUGCUUGAAGAGAAGGAUCUUAAAAAAGCUUUUUUUUAAAAAGCUAUUGGGACAUGCUUAGUGGCAUUUUAGAAAGUUUAAAGGGAAUUUAUCUCUUUCAAUUGAAAAAUACUGUCUUUUGAGAAGCGUAGGAACCUUAUUUUACAAGUUUUUCCCAAUAUAGGAGAAAAAAACCCUACAUUUCUGUCUUCUACAAUUUUCUUCUUUUGAGGAUGUAGACUUUUCUCAACUUCUAUUAUAACUCUUAAGAAAUUUCAUAGAUGUUUGGGUAACUUCUCUAAAUGCCUCUUACAGGAAAAUAACAAUUUAUUAUUCAAUAAAACAACUGUAAUAACAAAAAAGCAAUAUAUUCAAUGAAAAAGCAUUAAAUCUAAACCAUUUUUUUUCUAAAUCAAACGUCUCCGAUUUGGAAUUGAUUUCCGACAACAUUUAGGAACAAUCUCAGUCUAAGGUUUCCAUGGAAAUCACUGCAGAUAGAUUAAUUUCUUACCAUAUUUUAUGAAAAAAGUAUUAGAAACAAAAAUGGUAAAAUUCUUUUUUGAGUCUUUGCAUAUGAUGACUGCACACGUAUGCAUUUUGCAUCAGUUAUGCAAGCUGUGAAAAGAUAUGGCUGCUGUAAUUUUUUUCUCUUUUUACUCCCAGUACGUUGAGAAUUUUGGCACGCCUGUAUCAUUUUGGCAAGCCUGUAUCAUUUCGUUGAAAUCUUAACAAUUGGAUCCUGAGCAUUUUUUAUCAGAAUUAAGAAUUGCUCUCAAAAUUAUUAUAGCAGAAGAAAUGUUUUCUAAAAAUUAGUGUUUUCAUUUGAAAAAUGAUCAGUAUUCUAAAUAAUAUAUUUCUACCAGUUCACUUUUUAAAUUUUUCAGAAUAUUUGAAUUUGAAUUGGGGUGGGAUUGGAAUCAGCUGGAAUUAUUUAUAAAGAAAGACAAAGUACCAUUUUUUGAGUUAAAGUUUCUAAAAGGCUUUACUGAAGCCGCUCCAAUCCUACCUAGAAGUUUGCUAGCAAAUUCCAUCCAUUUCUCUAGCAUGAUAACCACUCUUUGCAAUGAGUUUAAAGAUGGAACAGGAUGCUAAAGGAUACAUGGAAGAAGUUAAGAGAAAAAAGGAAACCUAUUGUUGCACAAAUCUUUUUGAAAAACUUCUAUUAAAUUUCAAAUUUUUCCCCCUGUGGCAGACUCUGAUGGCCUCUCCUUCCUCCUGCCCUUGGCAAAUUGUCAUUCUUAAGACUGCUUUUGUGUUGCUAAUGGUAUUGGUUGCUUUCUUGUGUCAUUUAGUGUGAAGUUUUAAAACUUUGAAAAGAAAUAAACAAUUUCCUACUCCUUUUCCAUCAAAAGGAUCAUAAAGGAAACAAUUUGGUUGGGUGAGGAAACAAUAAUGCAAAAUGGGAUUUAUAAUACUAGGGGUAAGCAGAGGGAGGAAGUAAGAAAGGCUUCCGAUUUUGAAUCUUGCAUUUUAAAAUGAGAUGGAAAUGGAAACCUCUAUUUUUCUUCUUCACACUGCUUGCACACACACACACACACACACACACACACACACACACACACAGUCUUUCUCUUCAUCAGAGAAAAGAGUGUGGUUUAAAGCCCCAAAUCAAAGGGUGACUAAAGUGAACCAGAUGGAUUCUGGAAUGCUAUAAACAUAUGUCCACCUAGGACAAAAAAACCCCCACACACAUUCUAUCUGGUUUUAUUUCUAAAAAAACCGUUAUUGUGUAACACAACACUCAUAUGGUUUGUACUUGAGUGUUGCCUACUAUGCAAUGAAGCAUGUCAAUAUCUCUAUUAUUUCCAGUUACAGUGUUUUGCCUUCUACCAUAAUACUGGGUUUUUCCAAAGCAUCUGGUGACAAGAGGUUGUAAAUUAGAGGUGUUUUCCACAGAUUCCAGUAGAGCUUCUGAAUUCAAGAACAACAUUUUGUCCAAAGCUUUCAACUACAAAUGUCUCUUCCCCCUCCCCCUCCCUUUCCCCCCCCCCUCCUAUAGGUAUGAGACAGGGACAUUUUUCGCUCCCCAUUAAUUUAUCAAGAUCCAGUUUUGUUUUGUUUUUUCCUAGCUAGCUUAUAUUAAAAUUCAUAUUAAAACCUAAUUUAGAUGGCAUCAGUGGCUGUGCAAAAGGAUUAAGCUCUAAGUUCUGUUAUCGUGCUUUUUCCAUUUUUUAAAAUAGCCGAUUAUAUCUACAUGGUUCUUUUUUUUCCAGCAUUUCCUAUAAACCUGUCUUAUGAACCCUGCAAAAUCAUCAACAGAUGGUUCUCAUUAGUCCCCUUUUUGGCAAAGGUUUUUCAGCUGCUUGCCCCACACAAGCAGGGACUACACCCAAACUUUUAGUAAACCCCCUCCCCCUUUCUGUGUCCUCUGGACAGAACAUUGCAACGUGGACCAGAGGAGAGCUGAGAGUGGGCUCCCUGUGCCAAGGAAUGUUGGGGCCAUGGGUUUAUCUCCCCCCUUUUGUUCUUAAUUUAAUCCUUCUGGUUUUAGAAGCCUAUGGAAAAGAAAGACCAUCUCAUGUCAGAAUGGCUUAUGUCAGGCAAGCGCUUUUCCACAUAUGUGUGUAUUUUAACAAAUAUCUAAAGUUCAUUUCUUUCUCUCUCCUGUCCCUCCCCUCCAGCUCCUUCAUGUUUACCCUCUUUCCAGGUCAGUUCGACUUUUUCAACCCCAUCCUCUUUUGGCUCCCUUGCCCCCUUUUUGUUUGCAGCGCUAAUUAAGAAGGGUGGGGGAAGGGAAAUAAACUUUUGUUACCCUUUUGCAAGCUAGCAUGAUUUUUUUUUAAAAAAAUCAAUUUAACUUAAAAAAAAUGAAUCGAUCUCUGACUCAUAUCCUUCCCUCCUCCCCAAAGUAUGUUGCAUAGGACAUUUUUGCAUUCCCACUUAAAGUUGACAUACAGGCUUUGAAAUGGAGAUUUCUCCCCCAGUGAAGCAGAGGCCUGCUUAACACAUUAAGAAUCCCAGCUGCCAGGGAAUGAGAGCAAAGAGGUUUGAUCUGUGCAGGGUGGAUUCCUCUCCUCUUCCCGCCCCCAUUGAAAAGACAAGAGUGUGGGGGUUGUUCCCUGCAAUAAACUGUUACAGACCUAGAGCUAUUUAGAGGGGGGGGGAUGGAAUAUGAAAUUCCUUUGCGGCAGACGGGAAGGCUGUCCAGUCGUGCAGACAAAAAAGCCUUCUUUAAAUGACUCACAGUUGCAAAGAGUCAACCAGUUCUGUUUAAUGAAAUAGCAUAAAGGAGGGGUUGGUGAACAACUGUAUUCCUAACCAGGCUUCAGUUUCAACUCCUAUCAAGACAGGCUUCUACGAGUAGAGCAGCUGCCAUGCCUGACUCUUACCUCCUCAAUAAAGCCUCAAUUCUGCAAGCCUCUGGCUUCAUGAGGCUUCAAUAUGUCUUUAAGGGGCACUGCAAUAUUUUUUUGUAAAGUCAGACAGGGACCCAACAAUGGUUAGUAAGGAUUUUAAUUUUUAAAAACUGGGUAAGCAGAAAGUCCAUCUUAUCAAGUCAGCUUGGUUAACCUCUAUCCAACAAGGCUGAUCAGGAUUUUCUGGGAAGAUGAAUGAAGCAAACCUGUGACUAGUUUUCCCUGGAAUAUAGGAAUCCAUAAUGCAUAAAGGAUAAAGGCAGAUAUAAUGUCAACUCAAGAUUGUUCACCCAACUGCUGUGCCUGGCCUUGAUGGAAAUGACAGGUGUGCAUACCAGCAUUUGAAUUCUGCCUGAAUGUCUGUUCAGUCCUCUCCUUCUAUGCUUCAGGUGGAUCUUCCACCUUGUUAAGAACUUUUAAAAAGCUUUGCAUGAAUAUUGCAAGUGCUAAAGAAACGUAUUUUAAAAUGCAAAAUAAAGGAUUCUCCUGUCUUAAUAAGUGAGGCAGAAUUGUGAUAAUGCCUGGAAAGUCCCAGCCUUGCACUUGCAGCUGCUUUCUGAUUCAAUCUAGCAAAACUAUUUUUUCUUCUCAGGGUAUAGCCUGUAUACCCAGGGCUGUAAAAGCACUAUGAAGUGGUAUAUAAGUCUAAGUGCUAUUGCUAUUGCUAUCCAUUUAGUGACCCCAAAUGUGGCACUAAAUGGACCCUUCCAGUCUAGUAGGACUGCUUAGCUUCUUACAUAUUACUAAACUUUCAAAUGUAUUCAUUUGCUUGAACUAUAUUUAUUAAAAAUAAAUUAUUUUUAAGAAAUAUAGUUUAAGCAAUUCCCCUUCCUCAUUAUCCCUAGAGAACAUAUAUGAUUCUUUUAAAACUCCAAACAUUGAAGGAUCAUAUCCUACCCACCCGGUCUAGUUGUGGGAGUGCCUGGCCUCCCAACCGCCCCCCACUCUCUGGAACAGCAGUGAUGGCGGCAGGGAACAUGGUAUCACCUGGCAGCAGGGAGGGAGACGGAGAAGGGGGCGUCCGCUAGCAGAGAGGGAAGACUGCGAGGUUGGUGCUUCUGGGACAAGGGGAGCCAGGAAGUGUCUGGGUCCAAUUCACUCGGCCUCUCUUCCUCUCGCAGCUGCGUGUCCUCCAACUGGUAUGGACAGCAACUACAGCCUUAACGUGUUGCCAGUGCUUCUGCCAGUAUGCCGAGGGCAUCAGCUUUAUUAAGGUGAGGGGGAGGGCGUCUGGGUAGGCCCCAACCAUGUGCUUUUGGUUGCCUGUUGCUGCCGCUGGCUGACACCCCUUUGUUGCCCAGAGUUCCCUGGCAAUGCCCAUUAUAUCUCCUGGCUCUAAUGGUCAUGUGCAGGCUACGGAAGUAAAUCUAUGUAAUGUUCUAAUGUACAGAAAUUAUAGUUAAAUAUGUGGCAGACUCUGGGUGUGUUUUCCAAACUCAUUAAGUGAAGUAGAAUGUGUACAGUUUUAGAAGAGCUUGUUAGUGUGUAUGUGUAUGUGGUGUGUGUCCGUACACAUACAAUAUAUAUAGUACCUAAUGUAUCUUUUUGUGUGCCUAAACACACACUAUACCAGUGUGUGUGGCUAACCUUUUUGUCAUCGCAUGUCGCCACCCAUAAUGCAAUGUGCAUCAGCCCCCUGCGCAUGUGCCCCACCCCCCUGCGCCCCGUUUUGGGCCUGGAAAGCCUCCUCCACCAGCCUUUGCCAGUGCAAAUAGCCUGCUGCCGCAGCCAGUGGCUCCUCUUCCUACUGCCAGUUUCACGCUCUGGGCAGCAUCCAGCAUGGCUGGCAUAGCUGGCUGGCUGGACACUGCCCGAAGCACGAGGCUGGCAGGAGGAUGGUGGCAGUCCAUUCGCACCAGCAAAGAGGCAGUGGCAGCUCCUCCUCCUCCUGUCAGCCUUGUGGUCCAGGCAGCAUCCAGCCACCCAGCCAGCCAUGCCUGGCCUCCCCCUGCGGCAGUUCUCUUAGAUCCUGGGCAGUGCAGCUUUGGGCCCUUUCCUGGCAGCGGCAGUGAGGCAGGCAGGUGGGCGGGCGCAGGGGAGUGACUGGUGGCAGAGCUCCUGGCUGGCAAGAGGGUGGAUGUCCUGCAGUUGCAUGUGGGCAUCGACGGCAUGGCCAGUGCAUACACGUGUUAAGAGGAGCUGCCCAGUUGCCAUGCGCGCGCCAGGAAAUGAACUUCUGGUUUCUGGUGCACUCAUGUGUACCGGCCAGCUAGUCUUCUGGUUACUGGCAUGCAUGCAUGCACAACAAUCAGCUGGCCGGCUGAUCUUCCGGUUUCUGGCACUGCCGCACACGUGAAGGCCAGAUGAUUGUCACACGUGUAUGUGCACCAGUAACCAGAAAACUAGGUGGCCAGUGCGCAUGCGUACGCCAGAAACCUGGAAGAGGAAUGGGUGACGCCGCGCGUGCCAAGUGACAUGGCUCUGUUAAAAUCGAAUAAAUUUGGAGCCCUGGCAGGCUUCAAAAUAAAUAAACAGAAAACAACAAUGCUGAUCAAAAAUAUAUCUUCUCAGGAUAGUGAUAUAUUGAACAAAAAGUUCAAGGGUUGAGAAAAAGAUGAAAUACUUAGGAGCUAUGUUGACAAAUACAAAUAUAAAAUUGUUUCAAAACAAUUAUGUGUCUCUUUGGACAGAAAUUAAACAGAAUUUACAAAGAUGGGAUAAACUGCACUUAUCAUCAUUGGCAGUGGUGAAUUGUAAAAUUUGUUACUACCGGUUCUGUGAGUGAGGCUUGGUGGGGGCUGGUUGCAGAAAAAAAUGCUUUUAAAAGUAAAAAAAGAAGCCUCUGAUGAUCGCAUGGCUCAGCUGGGCAUGGGGUCCGGGGAGUGCAGGGAUUUUUGCUACCAGUUCUCCAAACCACCCGCCGCCAUCGCUACUGGAUUGGGCGAUCCGGUAUGAACCGGGAGCAUUUCACCCCUGAUUAUUGGGUGGAAUCUCUGUAAUCAAGAUGAAUAUUUUACCAAAUAUGCUUUUUAAAAUUUCAGAUGUUACUAAUACUUGCAACUGACAACCCAUUUAAACAAUAAAGGAGGAUAUUUCUAAGUUCAUAUGGCAAGGGAAAAAACAAAGAAUUAGAUAUAAGCUACUGCAAGAUGCUAAGGAAAGAGUUGGUUUGGGCCUACCAGACAGUUAUCUAAGAUGUAUAAAGAAAAUUCUGAAAAUGGAGAUAAAAAUUAAACCAGAACUUUUCCUUUUGGGCCUAAUGGAAAAAGACCUGGAGGAAAAAAAUGGAACUUUGUUACUAUAUAUGUUGACAGCAGCAAGACUAUUGUCCGCACAAAACUGGAAGGACACUUUGAUUCCUAACACGGACGAAUGGCUGCAGAAGUUGAUGGAGUUGGCUGAAAUGGCAAAAUUGACUAUUUUGAUUAAAGAAAAGAAUAUAAGUACUUCUAUUUCCACAUGGAGACUGCUUCUGAACUUUGUGCUUGAAGUGGAAAAGAAUGAAACUUUGAUUUUGGGUUUUACCGAUUAAAUUGAUAGAUCUUUAUAGAAAUGGCUUGUUCAUAUUAUUAUGAAAAAACAAAAAGUUGUGAUUUGAUGUUAAUGCCUUAUUUUACUGCAACAGAGAGAGUCAGAAGUCAAUGUUUCUGUUAUGUAUUGUAUAUAGUUGUCAGUUGAAGUUCUCAGACUGGUCCUCUAUUAGAGUGGGAAAAUACUAGCUCCCGAUUGAUUGUGGGCUGAUCAGCUUCCCUAUAAAAGGAGCUGUGUCAUCCAGGGAGCAAUAGUUGCCUCACAGGCAGUAUUGAAUAAAGAGCUGUUAGAAAUCACUCUGGCCUCACCUCCAUUCUUCACCAGAACAUAACAGUUUCUUUUUCUCUUAUCCUCCCUCACUUUCCUUCCUCCUCUCCCUCCCCACUGUUUUUCUAUUUACUUUUGUAUUUUGUAUCUUAUUUUAUCUUAUAACCCAAUAAAAAUGUUAAAUUCAAGUUUAAAGGUGUGCACCAUUAUGCAAUCACAUCAUUGUAAGAUUUUUUAUUAUUAUUUUUCCUCUCUAAAAAAUUUCAGUUUGUUUUCAAUUGAAUUAUAUAGCUUAUAUGUUAUAUUAAAGGUGGAAAAAAUUCUGAAG